AUGACUACUCUAAACUCCAAGCUCAUGGAUCUAGAGGAGUUGACGUUAAAUGCGAAGCAAAUACAAGACGACAUGUUGGAGGAGAUACUCAGAGUUAACGCCAAUACAGAGUAUCUCCGACGUUUUCUCCAUGGGAGCUCCGAUAAAAAGCUCUUCCAAAAGAACGUACCGUUGGUUAGCUAUGAAGAUGUUAAGCCUUAUAUCGAACGGGUCGCAAACGGAGAACCUUCACAUGUCAUUUCGGGCGAACCUAUUACUUAUUUCUCCCUAAGCUCUGGAACUAGUGGAGGGAAACUAAAGUUCUUUCCUACAAACAACAAGUACUUUGAGAAUCUGGCAUUCAUCCAAGCUCUGUGCUCUGCCAUUAUAUCCAAGUACAUUGAUGGUAUCAAGGAAGGAAAAGUGAUUAAGUUUAUGAACACUAGACCUUUAUCUACAACUCCCUCUGGUUUGCAUGCUGCUCCUGCGUUUACGGGUUUCCUUAGGAGCGACUGUUUCAAGAACCGGCCAUCAAAAUGUUAUACCAGCCCUGACGAAGUCAUAUUAUGCUUUGAGGACAAGCAGAGUAUGUUCUGUCAUCUUCUAUGUGGUCUAGUCCAGAGAGCCACGGUUGUGAGUAUGUCUGCUAUAUUUGCUUUCACGUUAGUCCAAGCAAUCAGAUUUCUUGAAACUCACUGGAAAGAAUUGUGUGCUAAUAUCCGAUCUGGUCAUGUUAGCGAUUGGAUCACCGACCUUAGUUGCAGAGAAUCUGUCUCUGCCAUACUUGGAGGAACCAAUCUUGAAUUGGCAGAUGUCAUUGAAAAAGAAUGCAUCCACAAGUCAUGGGAAGGUAUCAUCACACGGCUAUGGCCCAACAUCAAAUUCAUUGAAAGCAUAUCUACAGGACAAAUGAGCCAAUACGUCCCAAUAUUGGAGUUCUAUUCCAACAAGCUGCCUCUCAUCUCUCCACUUUAUGGAGCUUCUGAAGCAUUGUUUGGAGUAAAUGUGGAUCCUUUAUGCAACCCACAAGAUGUGUCCUACACAUUUAUACCCACUAUGUCCUACUUUGAGUUUGUACCUGUUGAUGAAGGAAACAAUGAUGAAAUUGUUGAUCUUGUGGACGUCAAGCGAGGGUGCUCUUAUGAGAUAUUGGUCACAAAUCGUUUCGGCUUAUACAGAUACAGAAUGGGAGAUAUUCUAGAGGUGACCGGAUUCUACAAUAGUGCACCUAAAUUCAGAUUUGUACGUAGAAAAAAUGUUGUUUUAAGCGUCCACGUGGAGGCAACAACUGAAGAAGAUCUUGUAAAGGCGUUGAGUCGUGCGUCACACGUUAUUGAAUCUUCAGGUUUAAUGUUGAUGGGAUUCACAUGCUAUUCUGAUGUCUCCACUGUACCAGGUCACUAUGUUAUUUACUGGGAGCUUAAAUCCAGAAAAACAAACGGCAUUGUUCAGCUUGAUAACAAGGUAAUGGUGGAAUGUUGUUGUGUAGUGGAGGAAUCAUUUGACAUUAUUUAUAGAAGACUUAGGAAUAGAUAUGAUUCAAUCGGAGCUCUAGAGAUAAGAGUGGUUGAUCAAGGAACAUUUGAUUCUCUCAUGGAAUAUUUCAUCUCCAAAGGUGCUUCUUCAUCCCAAUACAAGACACCUCUAUGCGUAAACUCCCCUGAAGUUUUAUCAAUUCUUGAAGAGAAAGUUGUUGCUCGUUUCUUCAGCGACAAGCCCCCUCCUCUCGGAUACAAACAUGGUAAUAUUGGAAUCACGAUGAUGCACAAGAACAAUUAG